GCACAUAAUAUUACAUGUCUCCAUCUUUUCAGUCAUAAAUAUAUAUAAGAGAUACAAGAAAACGUAUGUGUAUGUACACCACAUAAAAUUUUCUAAAGGUUUAGAACAGCAAAGAAUGAUGAAUCCGAAGAACUCAGUUCUCUCAAAGCUUCUAUGGCUAAUUGGCUUUGCCGUUGUCUGUACUUGCCAAGAUUUUGACUUCUGGCCAGGAUCAUAUUGCGACUCAAAGCAAAGUUGCUGCUACCCGAAAACAGGAAAGCCCGCAUCGGAUUUCAGUAUCCAUGGACUUUGGCCCAAUUACAACGACGGAUCCUAUCCAUCAAACUGUGACCCGGAAAACCAGUUCGAUCCAUCCAAAAUUUCCGACCUUAGCAGAAGAAUGCAAACAGACUGGCCAUCUCUGGCGUGCCCAAGCAGCGACAGCCUUAGUUUUUGGGCUCACGAAUGGGACAAACAUGGAACCUGCUCCCAGUCUGUUCUUGGCCAACACGACUACUUUGCAACCGCUCUAAAUCUUAAACAGCAACUCAAUCUUUUGCAAAUCCUAGGAGAUGCAGGGAUUGAACCAAAUGGAGGGGUAUACAGCUUGAGUUCCAUAAAAGAUGCAAUAAAAGGAGGAAGUGGUUAUGAAGCAUGGAUAGAGUGCAACAUGGAUAUUCAAUCAGGGAACAGGCAACUAUAUCAGGUGUAUAUGUGCCUGGAUGCUUCAGCCUCCAACAUCAUUGAUUGUCCAGUACUCCCACACGGCAAAUGCAGUAGUACGAUUGAGUUCCCUCCAUUUUGAAUUAUUAUUAAGGCUAACGUUUAGUUUGUCUAUCCUCGGAUUGUAAUAAUUCAUUGUUUCCAUGUUUCUUAUAAUGACUUGUAAAAAAA